GAUUGGAGACGACGCCAAACGAAUUGUCCAGAUCUGCGGUCGUUGAGGUCAGAUGAAGUUGACGUUGGUUUAGGCUGAGUUGUUUGCUGGUAGUAAUAGAUUAGCUGUUUGUAAGACUAAACGAACGAUUUUCUAUUUGCGUCGAGAAUGCCAUCUCAAGAAAACUAUGUGUCGGGCAGACAAAACAGAUUAACGUCUUUCAAAAAUAAGGGGAAAGAUGCUGAUGAGAUGCGCAGGCGUCGGAAAGAAGUGAGUGUAGAACUUCGCAAAGCUCGUAAAGAUGAUCAAUUGCUCAAAAGGCGAAAUCUAAAUGCUGAAGAUGACUGUACCCUACGACUACAAGAAAACGCCCAAUCAACAGUUGAUAUGACAAUAGAGGCAAUUAUUGAAGGAAUGGAUAGCGGUGAUGACCACCUUCAGCUUGUCUCAACCCAAGCUGCACGGAAAACACUCAGCAAAGAAAUGAACCCACCAAUUGAUGCCAUGAUUGAAUCAGGAAUUGUUCCCAGAUGUGUGGAAUUCCUGUCUCGGUUUGAUAACCCAUCACUGCAAUUUGAGGCUUCUUGGACACUUACAAACAUAGCAUCAGGAACAUCUGAACAAACAGAUACUGUUGUUAAAUGUGGGGCUGUACCAAAACUAGUCCAGCUUCUAGGUUCAUCGUAUAUGCAUGUUACGGAGCAAGCCGUGUGGGCACUGGGUAACAUUGCUGGUGAUUGCCCAACAUCUCGUGACUUGGUGUUGAAGUUCGGAGCUAUGCCUGCACUUCUGGAGCUAAUCAAACCUGAUACUACAGUUUCAUUCUUGAGAAAUGUUGUGUGGACUUUGUCUAAUCUGUGUCGGAACAAGAAUCCACCUCCUCCUUUUGAGAUUGUUCGGAUGAGUCUACCUGCAUUGAGUAGACUUCUUCAUUAUUCCGAUAUGGAUGUGCUUGCUGAUGCAUGCUGGGCUCUGUCAUACCUUACUGAUGGAACCAAUGACAAAAUUCAAGCUGUUGUUGAUGCUGGUGUUGUUCCACGUUUAGUUGAACUUCUUGGUGCUAGUAAAGUUACUGUGCUAACACCAGCCUUGCGUGCUGUUGGUAAUAUAGUCACUGGCAAUGAUGUUCAGACGGAUGCAGUUAUCCAGGCUGGUGGAUUGACUUAUCUUAGGGAACUUCUGAAUCAUCCACGACUGAACAUUAUGAAGGAAGCUGCCUGGACCGUGUCUAAUAUUACUGCUGGAAAUGUGGACCAGAUUCAGGAGGUUGUAAAUGCAGGCAUACUUGAACCUCUUAUACACGUGUUAGGAUCGGGUGACUUCAGGUCUCAGAAGGAAGCUGCAUGGGCAGUGACAAAUUUUACAUCUGGUGGUAACAUUCAGCAGAUGGCAGCGAUUCUUCAUAUGGGUGUUCUCGGGCCAUUUUGUGACUUGCUAGGCAGUAAGGAUUGGAGGACGGCUGUUGUGGUAAUGGAUGGACUGAGCAAUAUUUUGGAGACUGCUGAAAAAAUGGGGGCGCUUGACAGAGUGGCUCUCAUGAUAGAGGAAUGUCGUGGCCUUGACAAAUUGGAGCUGCUGCAAAAUCAUGAAAAUGAGCAAGUUUAUCAAAAAAGCUUAAACAUCAUUGAUAAUUACUUCUCUGAGGGGGAUGGUGAGGACCCCAGCAUAGUUCCUCGUCAGACAAAUGGUCAGCUGGACUUCAACACCAACACAGUUCCUGAUGGUGGAUUCUCAUUCUAAACAUGAUCUGUUGUAUCGAUACCACGAUAAAAUGGAUAAAGACUUCACAUUCGAACUCAUCCACCAAGGCCCAGACUGUUUUGAUUCUUAAAAGUAUUUUUUAUGUUCAGAUUUCAAUUUUCAAUCAUCCAUUCUUUUUUGUAUUAGAUAAGUACUUUGAUCAGUGCCAAAAUUUUUAGAUGCAGUGGUAGAAUUGUAUUAUUCAUGUUUUAUCAACUGAAUUGUCAUGUUGUUGGGUGAUAGGCUGAACUUCUAAUUAUCUAUCCUAAUGUUUUUUGUACAAGUUUUCUAUGUUAUAAUUAGUGUAGUGUUUUUAACAAGUUUCAAUUGUACAGUUAUGUUAAUAAACCAUUUUGAGAUA